GUCCGUGACGAUGUCCACUGACAGGGACGUCAACAGCGGCAUGGGGCAUUCGAUCUGGAGACGGAGCCAUGGAUGGAGCCGCGCCUCUGGUCCUCUCCCAAACCCCACCCCACUCCUGAUCCUCCCGUCGCUUCCAUCCUUUGCUUGGAAGAAACCGCAUUAAUACGCCCUCAAUGCCCCCACUCCCCUUUCCAUUUCACUCACCCACUGCUCUCUCUCUCUCACUCUCUCUCUCUCUCUUUCUCUAUCUAUCUCUAUCUCUUCAUGGCCAGAGCGAGUUUGAGAGAUCCCAAGCCUUGGCAUCUCAUCUUCCAUUGCCGGAUCACUUGAAAAGGAAUUCGAACCGCUAGGCUACAAUCUGCUGCACUGAAAUUACAGGCACGAAACUUACUGAAUGUCACACUGGAAUUGUCAUCUUAUCAAUAUCCUCAAUGCUGUCCCUUCACUUCCUUUUCUUCACGGCUCUUAUUCUCUUUUCCAUUUCUCCCAUCUCUUCAUCGAUAUCCUUUGAGAACAAUGUGCUUCUUGAAAUAAAAAACCAGUUGGAAGAUCCUCUGAAUGUUCUUGAGAGUUGGAGCUCCUCCCAAUCUCCUUGUGAGUUUAUUGGUGUCCAAUGCGACAUUGAUUCUGGCCAAGUGGUUGACAUCUCUCUCCGAAACAGCUCUUUAUCAGGCAAGCUUUCACCAUCAAUCUCUCUUUUGCUCAACCUGACUAGUCUAGAUCUUGGAGAAAACAAUCUCUCAGGCACUGUCCCCUCAACUUUAGCCAAUUGCUCAAACCUCAGAUUCCUCAAUCUCUCUUCAAAUAGCUUCAGUGGCCAUCUGCCUGAUCUUUCAGCUCUGCAAAACCUACAAGUUCUUGAUGUGUCAACCAAUGGCUUCACCGGAAAGUUUCCUUCGUGGGUUGGCAAAUUGCCAGACUUAGUUCAGCUUGGCUUGGCAGAGAACAGCUUUGAUGCAGGAGAAAUGCCAGAAAGUAUAGGUCACUUGAAGAAAUUAACAUUGCUUUUCUUGGGUAAAUGCAACCUUCAUGGGGAAAUUCCAGCCUCCAUUUAUGAGUUGACAUCACUAGGAACAUUGGACUUCUCUCGCAAUCAUAUUUCAGGGAAACUAUCAAAAGAAAUCUCCAAUUUAAGCAAUCUUUUCAAGAUUGAGCUCUACCAGAACAAUUUCACUGGAGAAAUCCCGCCUGAGCUUGCCAACCUCACGCUGCUACGCGAAUUUGACAUCUCACGCAAUCAGUUCACCGGAGAGCUUCCUCCUGCAAUGGGAAACCUGAAGAAGUUAACAAUCUUCCAUAUAUACACAAAUGGUUUCUGGGGUGAGCUCCCUAAAGGAUUUGGAGACUUGGAAUUUCUCAUUUCAUUCUCUGUCUACGAGAAUAAAUUUUCUGGGGACUUUCCAUCUAAUCUUGGUCGGUUUUCUCCUCUCGGCAGAAUUGAUAUUUCUGAGAACAACUUCUCUGGUGACUUCCCAAAGUCCUUGUGCCAAAACAAGAAGUUGGAAUACUUGCUUGCUCUUGACAAUAAUUUCUCAGGGGAGAUUCCAGGAUCAUAUGCUGAGUGCAAAACUUUGUUGAGGUUUAGAAUCAGUCAAAACAGCUUCACAGGGGGAGUUCCAGAAGGACUUUGGGGAUUGCCAUCUGCCAUGAUCAUUGAUGUAGCUGACAACAACUUCAUCGGAGGGAUACCUCCUGAUAUAGGCAUGUCAACUAGUUUAACUCAGUUGUACGUGCAGAAUAACAAGUUUUCUGGGCAACUUCCAGCAGAGUUUGGAAAUCUUCCCCAGCUACAAAAGUUAUUUGCUUUUAACAAUUCCUUUUCUGGCCAGAUACCCUCACAGCUAGGGAAUCUGCAGCAAUUGUCAUCUCUGCAUUUGGAAGGCAAUGCUUUUACAGGAAAAAUACCAUCAGAACUUGGGCAGUGUGGUAGCUUGGUAGAUCUCAAUCUUGCACAAAACUCACUGAGUGGAAACAUUCCUGCAGCACUGGCUUUGCUCUAUUCACUGAAUUCACUUAAUCUUUCGCAAAACUUAAUCACUGGCUCAAUCCCCAAUGAUUUAGUGACCCUGAAGCUAAGUUCUCUUGAUUUGUCAGAUAACCAGUUAUCAGGAAGAAUUCCACCAGAUCUUCUUCUGGUCACUGGAGAUGAAGCAUUUGUUGGGAAUGAGGCUCUCUGCAUUGGUGAAACUCCGGAUGAUGAGAAGUAUAGACAUCUGAGCAUUUGUAGAUUGAACCAUAGCCAAAAGGAUAAAAUGAACAAGCGAAUGCUUCUCAUGCUCAGCAUAUUACUGGUAAUGGUUGUUCUUCUUGCUGGCUUAGCCUUUGUGAGCUACCAAAGCUUCAUACUUGAAGAGCGACGCAGAAUAGGAGAUUUGGAAGAAGAAAAGGAUUCAGAAUGGAUACUUGAAUCAUUCCACCCUACAGAAUUAGACCCAGAAGAGAUAGCAAACUUGGAUGAAGAAAACUUGAUUGCAUGUGGAGGCACGGGUAAAGUUUACCGCUUAGAUUUGAACAAGAACCGAGGAGCUGUUGCUGUGAAGAAACUAUGGAAGACAGUCAGUGCGAAAAUUUUGAAAGCUGAAUUGGAUAUCAUGGGACAGAUCAGACACAGGAACAUACUGAAACUUUAUGCCUGCAUGACCGGAAAGGGUUCAAGUUACUUAGUCUUCGAGUAUAUGAUAAAUGGAAAUCUCUACCAAGCUCUUCACAGGCAGGUCAAGGGUCGAGAGCCCGAGUUGGAUUGGAGUAAGCGGUACAAGAUUGCACUUGGGGUGGCAAAGGGUAUCACGUAUCUUCAUCAUGACUGCUCUCCAGCUAUUAUUCACAGGGACAUAAAGUCAUCGAAUAUACUUCUGGAUGAAGAUUAUGAAGCGAAGAUUGCAGAUUUUGGGAUCGCCAAGUUUGCUGAAGGCUCAUAUUCAAGUUGCUUUGCUGGUACUCAUGGCUAUAUAGCUCCAGAACUAGCAUAUUCGCUGAAGGCUACCGAGAAGAGCGACGUAUACAGCUUUGGAGUAGUCCUGCUGGAAUUGAUCACUGGCCACAACCCUACUGAUCCUCAUUUUGGAGGACAAGACAUUGUCUCCUGGGUGUCCAUCCAUAUUGAUAACCAAAAUCUCGCCGAAAUCUAUGAUCCUAGGGUAGCCGUUUUUUCCGAAGAGGGCAUGGGAAAGGUGCUCAAAAUUGCUAUUCUUUGCACCAACAAGCUACCAUCACCGCGCCCUACAAUGCGAGAGGUAGUCAACAUGCUUAUUGAUGCAGAUCCUACUACUGCUGUCACUGGCACGAAGAACUCCAUCAAGAACUGCUAACCUUUUAUUCAGCAGUUCGUGUGUUUUUUGCUUCGACGACAUCUAUGGCAAUAUGGGAAUAGGAUCUUGUCUGGUAAUCUUAGAUGUAGCUCAAGGAAAUAAAUAAACUCAUGGAAUUAGAUUUAGAAUCAUGUAGUUGGUCCCAUUGCAGUUCCAUGUGGUAGAACUUAUGAAAUUUAUGUAAAUGUCAUUCUAUAUAAAUGUAAUGAACUUUCUGUUCAAGAAUUUCAUCUUUGUGCCCCAA